GAAGCCGUUCUCGGCUAGCUUGGUGCAGCUCGUCGCCCGGCUCCUUGUUCUUUUCCUCCAAGUUGUGUUGUAAUUCCGCCGCUGUGCGGGCUGACGAGUCCAUGACACGUGAAAUGACUGGCGUCCGCUAGAGCUGUGGAGCUCGACAAAGUUUUUAGAACCACCCUCACUGAAACUUUCCCACCCGGACUCAGUCACCGGGUCAGUAACGAACAAGCGGGUCGCUGGAGUCGACGAGUCGUGGUUGUCGCACUCUUUGACCGACUGCUAACCUUUGACGAUGUGUUAAACCAGGAGAGGAGGGGGAUCAUACUCCCACGCUGCUUGGUUCAGACAGUCGACAGAGAACAGUCUAGUAGUUUUUUGGUUUUUUUUACACGAUCAUUUAUUUAUAUAUUUGUUUCUGUCUGCCGUGUGUACUGUCUGGCUCCAGAGUGCGGGUGUCCUCAGACGGCCCCCGCGCGCAGGCAGCUGAAGGCCGUGACGCAGAGACACGUGUCGGAUGAACGAGCCCAGCAGCGCAGGCUGUUAACUGGUGACGUGCGGGGACGAUCCGGUUCUUUUGAACGGAUUGAGCCGAGUUCCUGCCUGAGAUCUUUUGAAUGUUGUGAACAAAUGUCAGUAUCUAUUAUAAACUAGCCCUGGACUGGGAAAGAAAUUCUGGCUUUGACUGUAUUUUUAUUGUAAGAAUGCGUCCAUGAGUUCUAGAUGAAGCCACGUGCCCACAUCUGUAAUUGUAAAGCUCCAGUCUUUUGACAAAGGGGGUACUGAUCAAGUUAAGGCAAAGAAGGCAAUUGUCUGGGGCUUCCAAGAACAGCUGAUGGCUUUGAUCCCCUGUAAGAAUCUUCUUGUGAGAAUCCCCUUAAAGGGGCAGUAAGCGAUUUAGGAGAAAGCUCGUCUCUCCUUCUUUGUUGUUAAUGAUGAUUUUACUGCACCGACCGGGCCGUGAACUAGGCCAAAACCCCUGAGAUGAGCAUGCGUCGCUAGCACGUCUCUUAACGUGUCGGGGAGUGAUGUUUACUUGAACUGCACACAGUGUUGUGAGGUGCGGUCCGCACCAUUUUUUUGGUUUUCAAUCGACAGAACCAGGACUACGCCGAAAAACCUGAGUUUUUUUUCCAGCGGACACACAGAACCGACAACUAACAAACCGACAAGCACAAUGUAAGAGGGCUGGGUAACGUAUCCUGGUUUAGUGAUGCUCACACUCACACACACACACACACGCAAACACGAUGUGAUCUGAUGUAAUAUGUCUAAGGCUGCAUAAAUUAUUUCUGUUACGAUUAAUCUGCCAGUUAUUGUCUUGAUGAAUUAUAUUGAUUAUAAAAGUAAUUUAUUAUUAAUAAUAAUAAUAAUAAUAAUAAUAAUAAUGUGUCUUAAAGCCCAAGAUGACAGAACACAAAAGUAAAGGAUCCCUUAUCCAUUUAUUUAUUAAUUUAGUCAAUUCAUCAGCUGAUUGUUUCAGCUCUGUAGACCUUGGCUCAGUGGUGCAGGCCUGCAUGGUCACAAUCCUCUCUGUGCUGGAAUCAUUUGCAUGUCUUCCUGUUCAUGUGGGUGUAUGUGCCUGCAUGGUGCUCCAGUUUCAUUCCACAGUCAGGUCAACCAAACACACUCCGGUCAGCUCAGGUUGAAUAGAAAGGAGACUCUAAACAGCUUUUUCCGCUAAUCUGUUUGUCCCUAACUGAGUGUUUUCUCUGCCGUCCACCUGGGCUCCAUAGCAGGUAGAGGCAGAAAUACUGCUGCGGGUAUACAAGGAAGGGAUGGAAGAGUAAAUGACAGUGAUCUUGGCCUUUGGUGACAUCCUUGUGACCCCGCAUCAGAUAACAACCAUGGACAAACUUUUUUUUUUGUUCCAGACUGGUUCAUUUGAUGGAUUUUGAUGCAUGAAUAUUUGACAGUUAUGCAUUUUUCACAAUUACAAAAUGCAAUAAUAAAGAAAAGUUGAAAAAAAUUAUACAGUUUUUGAAUGAGAUGAUGAUUUCCCUCUUUUUAAAAAUGAUUUUUGAUGAACUAACUGAUUGGGAACCUCCUCUUUUGUGAUGUUAUAGAAACAAUCAUCACAUUGAUACUUUCUUUCAGUGUUGAAGCUGGUGCUCCUGUCUGCUGGUCACUUCCCCCCUUUUGAACUGAGACAUGACAGAUAACAACAGGCAGCCUGUGUUAUGGCCUGGUCAUAAUAAACUGAUAUGAUUUAAAAAAAAAAAAAAAAAAGGAGCAGGAUAUAUUCAAAGCCUAUUCCUGUCACACUGAGGUGUCCUAACAACUGGUUGGACUGGCUUGUCCCCCUGGUGUGAUGUCAUCCAAUGGAUGAGCGGCUGCGAUGCGCACACAUGCAGUCCGCUGCCUCGACGCAUCACAGAGAGCCGUAUACUUGACAGCCUGCCAGGUUAGAGGGGGGGAACACACACACACACACACACACCAUUCAAGGGAGGAAACCAGACCUGCUGAAUUUCCACCGGCCUGCCGUCCUCCGCAUCCACCCGAGGUAUAGAGCCUUUCCCCCCGCAGCCUCUCAUCAACAUCAACAUCUCAUGCAUCCUUUUUUUCUCUUUUUGUGGAUUAAUCAUGUUUCUGCUCUUACGCACAGAUGACAGCGUAGCCGGGGCGGUGAGCUGUUGAGAGCCCCCCCCCCCCAAAAAAACACCGCCGCUUUGUUGAAUAUACAGGAUCUGUUGUGACUGGACAUGAAUUCGGCGGAACAGACGGUGACAUGGCUCAUUACGCUCGGGGUGCUGGAGUCGCCCAAGAAGACCAUCUCGGAUCCCGAGGCGUUCCUGCAGACGUCCCUGAAGGAUGGGGUGGUCCUGUGUCGGCUGCUGGAGAGGCUCAGCCCGGGAUCCACGGAGAAAAUUUACCAAGAACCGAAGAACGACGGCGAGUGUCUGAGCAACAUAAAGGAGUUUCUCAAAGGCUGCACGUCGUUCCGCGUCGAGCCGUUCGAGGCCAGUGACCUGCUGCUGGGACUCAACUUCUCAAAGGUGCUGAGCAGCCUGGUUGCUCUGAAUAAAGUGACCGCAGAUAUCGGCGUGGGCAGUGAUUCGGUGUGUGCCAGACACUCCUCGGCCCACCGCAUCAAGUCGUUCGAGUCGCUGUCUUCUCAGUCUUCACUGGGCCGAUCCUCCAAGCUGCUGCAGAACCAGUUUCGCAGUCUGGACAUGUCGGAGAACAGUGGCCAGCAGCUGCUGGUGAGGGCACGUUUCAACUUCCAGCAGACCAACGAGGACGAGCUCACCUUUGAUAAGGGCGACUUGAUCGGCGUGACUCGUCAGGAGGAUGGCGGCUGGUGGGAGGGGAUGCUCAAUGGCAGGACUGGGUGGUUUCCUAGCAACUACGUCCGCGAGGUCAAAGGCUCUGACAAACAAGUGUCUCCCAAGUCCGGCACCCUGAAGAGUCCACCUAAAGGCUUUGACACUUCUGCAAUCAGCAAGACGUACUACAACUUGGUGUUGCAAAACAUUCUAGAAACGGAGACAGAAUAUUCCAAGGACCUUCAGAGCCUCCUGACGAACUACCUGCGACAUCUUCAGGGCGUUGACAAACUGAGCUGUUCGGACACGGCUUUAAUUCUGGGAAACCUCGAGGAGAUCAGCACCUUCCAGCAAAUGCUCGUCCAAUCACUGGAGGAGUGCACCAAGCUUCCAGAAAGCCAGCAAAGGGUGGGCGGCUUCUUCCUCAACCUCAUGCCACAGAUGAAAGCUCUGUACGUCGGUUACUGCUCCAACCACCCCUGUGCGGUUAAUGUGCUCACCGAGUACAGUGAAGUAUUGGGGGAGUUCAUGGAGGGGAGGGGCGCAGUCAGCCCUGGGAUCCUCACGCUGACCACUGGCCUGAGUAAACCUUUCAUGAGAAUUGACAAAUACCCCACCUUACUCAAAGAGCUGGAGAGGCACAUGGAGGAGUGUUACCCUGACAAGCCAGACAUUCAGAAGUGCAUGGCGUCUUUCAAGAAUCUGUCUGCUCAAUGUCAGGAGGUGAGGAAGCGCAAGGAGCUGGAGCUUCAGAUUCUCACCGAGUCCAUCCGGCUGUGGGAGGGGGAUGACAUCAAGACCCUGGGCUCUGUGCUCUACAUGAGCCAGGUCUUAGUCCAGAGUCCUGGCUCUGAGGAGAAGAGUGAGCGUUACCUCAUGCUCUUCCCCCACGUCCUCCUCAUGUUGUCUGCCAGCCCCAGGAUGAGUGGCUUCAUAUUCCAGGGGAAAUUGCCCCUGACCAGUAUGAACGUGAACAAACUCGAAGACUGCGAAGCCUUUAAAAAUGCUUUUGAACUCAACGGCGUGUUGUUUGACCGUCUCCAUGUGGUGUGCACCAACCAGCAGGACCUGCAGGACUGGGUGGAGCACCUGACCAGACAGAUCAAACACACCACCGCCACAGCUCCCAGCCACAAACCUCUCACUGUGCCCUGCCACACGCUCCCAUCUCACCCCCUCACCCCAUCCCGGCAUGCGGAUGGUAGGGCCAUGACGGUGGCCCCCACCUACCACACCCUGCCUCACCCCUCCUCCCAUGGAACAUCUCACAGCACUAUGAUGUGGGGUCCGCUGGAACCGCCCAACACCCCCAAACCGUGGAGCCUGAGCUGCUUGCGGCCCGCACCCCCGCUACGGCCCUCUGCGGCCCUCUGCUACAAGGAGGAUCUUAGUAAAAGUCCUAAGAGUGUGAAGAAACUCCUUCCCAAGCGCAAGCCUGAGAGAAAACAGUCUGAGGAGGAAUUUGCCUUGAGGAAGAGUACAGCGGCUCUGGAAGAAGACGCCCAGAUCCUGAAAGUUAUCGAGGCGUACUGCACCAGCGCCAAAACCAGGCAGACUCUGAACUCCACCUGGCAGGGCACCGACCUGAUGCACAACCACGUGCUGGCCGACGUGGAUCGGUCCUGUGUGGACUCGUCGGGUCGCCGUAGCAGCGUGUCACGGCCAGAACUGAGCUCUGACCUUUCAGAGGACUCUGACUAUGACUCCGUCUGGACCACCCACAGUUACAGGAUGGGUUCAGUGCCGCGCAAGAGCUGCAUCUCUCACCAGAACUAAGAACGUACAGUACCGCCACGCUGUACUGUAAUGUAACGUACAGCACGUUUACCUCUUUUACCUACAAUGUAUUAAAGGAAACCUGUCUUUUUUAUUUAUGUAUUUAUUUUCUAUUAUAUAUUUGUUCUUUUUUUUGUUAACUUAUUGGUUUAUUUAUUUUUUGACAGUUUGUUUGACGAUGUUUUAAGCAUCUCCCUGUUGCCUUUGCCACUUUUCCCUUUUAUGUGCCUCCUCUCUUUCUGUAGUUGUCAUGCAGUAAGUGUAAGGUAAUUCUUGUUUAUUUAUCUUGAAUGUGACCACUCCCCUUAAUUUGACCAUAAAUGCGGUGGACUCUCGUAGCAGAGAGUAAAGGGAGGUUGGAGUGGAAUAUGGGGGUGGGGGGAGAACCAGGGACGGGAGAGAUGGGGACGGAGCUUUUCCUGUCUGAUAUUCAGAUGUAAUUCAGGAACGAGUUUAUUCUAUUUACCAUGUACUACUUCUCUCCAGUAUGUGAUUUUAAAGUAUGUAUGCUCAAACAUAGCACAGAUGCGACACAUGCGCGCACACACAGGUUGAGGCACAUACCCUGCUGCCUGAUGAUAUAGCAGGAUGCAAAUGUAAUAUCCAGAUUCCUAACAUUUUAUAUCAUUGCUGAUUUGUUUUUUUAUCAUUUCAAGUUUUAUUGAUGUUGCCAGCCCAAAGCAGAAUAACAUAACAUAACCAGACCACUGCUGAGUAAUCAAUGUUCUUGCCAACUUUGAUGGUAUGUGAAAGUCAGUCCGUUCUUUGUUGUAGCAGCUACAGAAAGAGGAGAUCCUCACAUACGCUCCAGUCAAGCUUUUACAAACUGGAUGAAAGCCAAUGGACUAAGAUCGGUGAAUUUAAGGGUCUGUUCACUUGCUUUACAAAAGACUUUACAUUUUCUCACUUACCAAGAGUACUGUCUUGCUGUGCUGAUAGUUUGGGUUUUAUUUAUUCAAUCUUUUAGAUUUCGACUUAGAGAAUAAGUCUUUCAUAAUAAUUCAUCAAAAGGGGAUUGGAUUCAAAUGUGGCUGAACUAAACUAGAAGAGUGCUUUAAUAUAUGGCGCAUACCUCCACCAAGUCUAAGGCCCCACCUCGCCAUUUUAGAUAAAGUGGAAAAAUUUCCUGGAUCCACCAAAUUUCAUGGAAAUGGGAUCAGUAGUUUUUGAGAAAUCCUGCUGAGAGUCAGACAGACAAACAAUCAAACGGGAAUGGAAACGUAUCCUCCUCGUGAAGGUAACAAUUAAACGCCAGUAGGUGAAAUUACUUUUCAUUUCUGUAGAUAAUCCCACCUCACUGUCUGCAGUUUUAGUUGGCAUGGCUUCAUUAAUUUCUUCAUAUAAAUGUGUAGUCCGUAUGAAAAAUUAGUCAUUGUAUUAGGUUGAAGGCUGAGAGACCAGGCAAACUAUCUGCAUGACCAGAUGGCCUACCACCACUCGAGAUAAGUGAGAUGAUGGGGUUUCUUUGUAUUUUUUGGUGAACUGGCCCUUUUAAGUUAACAUUUUGAUAAUUUACUGUAUUGUGUAUUGUCUCCUAUAAGCAUCAUCCUUUAAAGCCUGAUCUUAAAUCCAGUUAUGUUGUCUGUCAGUGGUUCCACAGGGUUGCAUUUACAAUACAUCACGUUUUACAUCUUACUUUAGUAAAGCUACUUCAUUAAUGAUUCAAACAGGCAUAGCAGGCCAUUCUGACACUAAUAAACAGUAAACUACAACCUAAUACAGCUACAAUUGUCUAAUACAAAAUUAAUAUAUUUAUUUGAUUGGGAUUUCUCCUGCUAGCUAAAGGAAUAGUCCAACAUUUCAGGUAUUUGGAUUAUGCUCAACUGAUUUCUUGCUAAGAGUUAAAUAUGUAGAUCACCACUCUAAUAUCUGUUCGUUGAGUAUGAGUCGGGAGAGGUGUAGGUUAGCAGGCACAUAAAGCAAAAUGUGUAUUUAAUUCAAUAUCUUAAUCUUCUAGUUAUGAGAAGCUGGUUUAGCAUAGCAAAAAGACAGGAAGAAGAGUAGCUGCCAGCCUAGUUUAUUGAAUUUGAUUAGUUUUCAUUCAUCGAAAGAUGAAUCUUUUAGUUUAAUCUCCUGGCUAUGAGAACAGAAAAUAACUAUCAAUUUAAAUUGGCUUUGCUAGUAUUUCUUCCAGUCUUUAAGCUAAGUAACGUAACUAGCGUCUGGUUAGCUUUGCUUGAGAUUCAGCUUCUGGUUGGUUGAGCUAAGCUAACCAGGUUCUGGUUAGACAUUAGAGUGGUGUCAAGUCUUCUCAUCUAACCCCCGGCAAGAAUGUGAAUUAUCCUAUUCACCAAAAAGGGCGGCAACCAUUUCUUUAAAGUGGAGCUGUUGUCGUCUCGGACAAUUUGACGAGGUUAGCGUAAUGUCAACAAAAAAUUCCCGCGUCACGAACUAGCACCUAUGCUACGGCCUCGUGAGCCAGAUAUGCCUCUGUGUUGUCUGGCUCGCGAGGUCUUCCAUACUAUCUUGCAUCAAUAACUAUUUUUAUGAAGAAGUAUUUUUCCAGUAUUGGUAAUAAAAGUACAGUUUGGCAUCCACGUAGAGUCUAUCUCCUCCUACAGUGAGCAAUGUGAGUGACAUGUGGAAUAAAUCGGUCCAUGUCACAGUGCUACUUAAUGUUUCCGAUAUUAUUUCUUAAUUCAUUAUUUUGUAUACAGGCUUUUAUUUAUUUAUUUAUAUGUUAUUAUGUUUGUCGAUGUUUACGAAAUGAUCCCUGGAUGAAUCAUUUCUUUUUUUCUUUUUUUCGAUUUUAUGGUCUGUAUCAAAGUUUACACUGAAAUUAUAACAUGAAGUGUUUGAAUUAUUUUGCACAAUCAUGUAAGGGGGCAGUGGGUGGGGGGGAGGUUAGAUCUGUUAACUUCUGUACUUUUUUGUCGUCUACCUAGAGUGUGUAUGAUAUAGUCCUAAAGGUAGACUCAAGUAUUCAGUGUUACUGUAAAGUAAAUUCUCAUUCGUAGUGUAAAUGCUCACCUCCGGUGUUUUGACAGCAUUGAGGGUUAGAAAAAAAAAAGAGGUGGUGAUUAUACGGGAAUAUUUCGAUGUAAACUAUUCACUCAACCUCAGAAGAAAUGUCAGAGUGGACUUGAAAUAUGAAGAGCACAUAGUGUCCCCCUCUGUAAAUACUAGUUGUCAUGGAACAAGAAGAAAAAAUCCAUUCUACCUUCUAUUUGAGCUAAGAAUAUCACUGUCCUUACAUCACGUGCUAUGUUUUGUGACAGGUGUAUUCUGUGAAACUACGUCAAAACUGUGGGACAGGCAGGGUAACAAGACUGUCUUUGACAAAAUCCUCUCAGUGUGCUCUAAUGCUGUAUUCAGUUCACACACGUGACUACGUCUUAUCUGCAAACAGCGCCUUCAGUGUAAUUGUUCUACACUGCUGAAGUGUUCAAGUCCUAAACGCUGUAUUAUGAGUUUUGAAUAAAUCUGUCAUUUGGUA